AUGACUUGUGCAGGAUAAGUUAACGACCCGUUCCCGGUUGAAGACAGUUUGUUUGCGGAGACAUUUUCUCAGAACACCGUGUACACUUUGUCCGGCCAGCAGCUGAACAUCAGACAGGUGUUCGGGGCCAGCCUCGGCAUGGCCCCGGGUGUUUGGCUGGGGGCCCUAAGCGGCCGCUUAUGUCGCUUAAUAGGUCGGUCCGGCUCUGGUGGUUACUUGGAGGAGCAGUCUGUGGAGUUGAGAGGGCAGUGCAUCAUAGAGCUGGGAGCAGGGACCGGGGUGGUGGGCAUCCUGGCAGCACGGCUCGGUGCAGUGUUGACCCUCACAGACCUUCCUACGGUUCUCCCACAGCUUCAGGCCAACGUCUCUGCUAACAGGCCGUCCAGUGGUUGGCCCACAUCCCUUCCCAAUGUCCUUCCUCUGGACCACAUGGACUUCUCUUCUAACUGGGAUCUUGUGCUCUGUGCAGAUAUUAUGUACCUCCCAGAGACCUUCCCUCUGCUAAAGGAGACACUAGCUCAUCUGUGUAAGAACGGAGCCGUGGCAUAUCUUUCGUCCAAAAUGCGAGAAGAGCAUGAGACUUCAGGUUUCUUUGAAGAAUAUCUCCCAAGAAUAUUUAAUGUGGAGCUUGUGCAGCAUGAUGACGAUCAAAACAUUAACAUCUACAAGGCAUCCCUGAAGAAAGACCAGUGACAGCAGGGACCACCUGCAAGACUUGGCUGUGUUACUGUAAUCAACAUUUGUGCCUUUAGUAAACAUUUAUUUUUAAAGAAGUGUUAUACAAAAUGAACAUCUAUCAUCUUGGAUUAUCUAAUGUCAGUCUUCAACCCAAAAUAGGUAGAACGCAUUUAAAGCAAAUGUUACUUUAGUUUAAGGCGAGACACGGCAGGCAAAAACAUCGUU